AUGAAUCCUGAAUCGGUAUUAAGUCCAGCAGCACUACCAUGGAGCUACCUCGCCUGCGGCCUCUUGGGCCUGGCGCUCCUGUGGCCGACCACCCGGCUGCUAGACCAGCUAUGGUGGCGGCCGAGGCGGCUGGAGCGGGCUCUUCGCGCCCAGGGCCUCCGUGGGACGUCGUACAGUUUCCUCCUCGGCGACAUGAGCGACUACGGCAGGCAAAACAAGGAGGCGUGGUCGAAGCCUCUGCCGCUGCGCUGCCACGACAUCGGUGCACACGUCCUGCCUUUCCUCUACAGCACCGUCCAGGAGCACGGCAAGCAGUGCAUCUCCUGGUUCGGUCCGGUUCCCAAGGUGAGCAUCACCGAUCCUAACCUGGUCAGGGAGAUCAUGUCCAACAAGUUCGGGCACAUCCAGAAGGUCAAGUUCCCCGCGCUAUCCAAGCUCCUCGCCGUGGGCGUGGCCACCCACGAGGGCGAGAAAUGGGUCAAGCACAGAAGGAUACUCAACCCUGCGUUCCAUGUUGAGAAGCUCAAGAUCAUGUUGCCAGCCUUCUCUUUGUGUUGUGAAGAGCUUGUCAACAAAUGGACACAGUCCCUUGGUCCCGACGGGUCAUGCGAGGUGGAUGCUUCCCUAGAGCUCCAGAGCCUCACCGGAGAUGUCAUCUCACGCACCGCAUUCGGCAGCAGUUAUCUCGAAGGAAGAAGGAUUUUUCAACUGCAGUCUGAGCAGGUCGGACGGUUCAUGGCAGCCAUUCACAAGAUCAUGAUUCCCGGUUACAUGUCCUUCCCUACUAAAAAUAAUCGAAGGAUGCGUCAAAUUAACAACGAGAUAGAGUCCAUUCUACGAGCUCUAAUUGGGAAAAGGAUGCAAGCUAUGCAAGAAGGAGAAAGCACAAAUGAUGACUUACUCGGCUUAUUGCUCGAGUCAAACAAGACUGACGUAAAUGAAAAUGGCCAAUCCGUUCCAGGAAUGUCCACUGAAGAGGUAAUAGAGGAGUGCAAGCUGUUCUACUUUGCAGGAAUGGAGACAACAUCAAUAUUACUCACGUGGACGAUGGUGGUACUUAGCAUGCACCCAGAGUGGCAGGACCGUGCAAGGGAGGAGGUUCUUGGCCUAUUUGGAAAACAUAAGCUUGACUACGAGGGUCUUAAUCGACUCAAAACUGUGACAAUGAUUCUUUAUGAAGUUCUCCGGUUGUACCCACCGGCUAGUGCGUUCACCCGGCAGACGUACAAGGAGAUUGAGAUCGGAGGCAUCAGGUACCCACCUGGUGUGAUUUUCGAGAUGUCUGUGUUGCACAUCCACCACGACAAGGAUAUCUGGGGAGACGACGUCCACCAAUUCAGGCCCGAUAGGUUCGCUGAGGGGAUCUCCAAGGCUUCCAAGGAAAGGGGAGCAUUUUUCCCGUUUGGAUGGGGGCCACGGAUCUGUAUCGGUCAGAAUUUUGCACUGCUUGAGGCCAAGAUGGCAUUGUGCAUGAUUCUUCGGCGCUUUGAGUUUGAGCUCGCGGGGUCGUAUACUCAUGCGCCACAUACCGUAAUGAUGUUGCGUCCCAUGCAUGGUGCUCAAAUUAAGCUGCGGGCGAUCUCUUCGUAG